AGCCUCGCGAGAGCUGCGGUCCUGGAGCGGGAUGGCCGCGGAGCCGGGCAGAGCUGGCCUUUGGCUCCUGCUUCCCGCUCUCUGGCCUGAAACAUGGCCCGGGGUCCUGGCCCGCUAACCCGGCCUCGCCCCGGCACAGUCGCCAUGCCCAAGAGAGGAAAGCGACUCAAGUUCCGGGCCCAAGACGCCUGCUCUGGGCGAGUGACUGUGGCGGAUUAUGCCAACUCGGAUCCGGCCGUCGUGAGGUCUGGAAGGGUCAAGAAAGCCGUCGCCAAUGCUGUUCAGCAGGAAGUAAAAUCUCUUUGUGGCUUGGAAGCCUCCCAGGUUCCUGCAGUAGAAGCUUUCUCUGGGGCUGGUGAGCCCUGUGACAUCAUUGACAGCAGUGAUGAGAUUGAUGCCCAGGAGGAAAGCAUCCAUGAGAGAACUGCCUCCAGAAAAAAGAAAAGCAAGAGGCACAAAGAAGAUCUGGAUGGGGCUGGAGGAGAAGAGUAUCCCAUGGAUAUUUGGCUCUUACUGGCCUCCUAUAUCCGUCCUGAGGACAUUGUGAAUUUUUCCCUGAUUUGUAAGAAUGCCUGGACUGUCACUUGCACUGCUGCCUUUUGGACCAGGUUGUACCGAAGGCACUACACGCUGGAUGCCUCUCUGCCUUUGCGCCUGCGACCAGAGUCAAUGGAGAAGCUGCGCUGUCUCCGGGCAUGUGUGAUCCGAUCUCUGUACCAUAUGUAUGAGCCAUUUGCUGCUCGAAUCUCCAAGAAUCCAGCCAUUCCAGAAAGCACUCCUAGCACAUUAAAGAAUUCCAAAUGCUUACUUUUCUGGUGCAGAAAGAUUGUUGGGAACAGACAGGAGCCAAUGUGGGAAUUCAACUUCAAGUUCAAAAAGCAGUCCCCUAGAUUAAAGAGCAAGUGUAUGAGAGGAUUGCAGCCUCCCAUUCAGUACGAAGAUGUUCAUACCAACCCAGACCAGGACUGCUGCCUACUGCAGGUCACCACCCUCAAUUUCAUCUUUAUUCCAAUUGUCAUGGGAAUGAUAUUUACCCUGUUUACUAUCAAUGUGAGCACGGACAUGCGGCAUCAUCGAGUGAGACUGGUGUUCCAAGAUUCUCCUGUCCAUGGAGGUCGGAAACUGCGCAGUGAACAGGGUGUGCAAGUCAUCCUGGACCCAGUGCACAGCAUUCGACUUUUUGACUGGUGGCAUCCUCAGUAUCCAUUCUCCCUGAGAGCAUAGAUACUGCUUCCCAUCACUGAGGGCAGCCCUGAGCUAGGCCAGUCCAUUUGUAAUCAGAUUCCAUUUUGGAAGGGGCAGCUGAUUGUAUAUCUGGUCAGUAAUGCACAUGCUCUUCAGGUUUCUGGGGCUCCUUCUAGGGGAAGGAGAAGGAUUGAAUCAGGAGUAAAAACAUUAUGAUUUAUAAACAUAUUUUAAUGUAAAAUUUUGCAUUUGAAAGGUGAAACCUGGCCCUAUUUUCUGUGUUAAACCCCAUUUGGUGCUACUGAGUUUGUUCUUUAUUCUUUUAUCCCAGCCAGAGUGGAUGAUCUCGCUUUAGGGGAAAAUUAAACUCUUAAAUCUCCAAACAAGGAAAUUUCAGCAUUCCCUUAUGGAUCAGAGUAACCUUAGAGGCUUAAAAUUGUUGCUACUGUUGCUUCCAAUUUAGCUGCCCCUCAAAUUCAAGUGAAUAUUUCCUCUUCUCCCUUUACCCCUCUCUAGAAAUAAAGCAGGUGACAGGGUUUUCAUAAACUUA